AUGUUCCACGGACCACGUGAUCUCGAAUCCGAUCGGGUUCGGGACAAUCGUGGGACAAACGCCAACGAUGCCGAUUCCAAUCAGCUAACUAGUAAUGGUCGAUUGAGCCGAAACGACCUGAAACUCAUUGGAAUCACGCUUGAUGCGACUCGAUGGGACUCCAGCCGAUCUUUGCUGUCUGACACCAGCAAAGGUCCCAUCUCGACCGUUACCGCUUACGGAAUCCCGCGAAACUUCAUAGAUCUCUUCGUUGUGACUCGUCUGUCCGAUGAACCUGAUGAACCUGCACGUGCUUACCACGUACGUGCACAUACGUGCACGCGCUUGUACGCUUGUGUGCUGAGUAAAUUAUUGUUAUUAUCGUUAUUAUUACUACUACUAUUAUUAAUAUUAUUAUUAUUAUUAUUAUUAUUAUUAUUAUUAUUAUUAUUAUUAUUAUUAUUAUUAUUAUUAUUGCUAUAUAAUUCACUUUUUGUUCGGAUGAUUAACCUGGAGUUCAUUAAAAAGGAGCCUUUGGAAUAA